AAAUGGGUUUUUUUCCUUAAUUUACAUUACCAGUCUUACAUAUACAAAUAUAGUUGUGUACGCAUUUAUAGAGAGAGUGUGUAGCAUGCACGUGGUUCAUCUUCACUUGGUGGCAACCAGAGAUUGAUGUACAGAUAAAUGGAGAGACGUCUAAAAAGGGUUCUUAUUAAAUUUGCUUAGCUGCUUGCUUUUCAACCAAGGCACUUGCUUCUCUCCAUUUUCAUUUCUUGCCAUACUUCUGUGCCUCCUCUCUGCAAAUCUGGGUGGUAGAAGCUAAAAUUUCUUGUACCCAGAUAAAGAGAAAAUAACCCAGAUCCUGUUUCUCUUGAUUGGGUAAAUGGGUCUGUGUGUUUUCACAUUGCUCCCGGGCUUCACUUCAAUGGUAAUGGAGAUGGAAGUAGAAAAUGCUGCUACUUGGUCAUGAUUUUCAUGUUUGAUUUGCGAUUGGAUAACUUGACGACGGAGCAAAAUCGUAGUGUUAACAGCAGCCAGGCCAGGAACUGGAUCAUCUUUUCUAUAUUGGAUCCACAACCAAUAAUGCCAAACGGGUAGAUCCGGUUUAUCGAGCAUGAGAAGGAUUUACCAAUUUCUUCUUCUUCUUCCUCCUCCUCGUGCUCCUCUUCUCUUCUUGAUCCUCCUCUUCACUUCUGUUGCAGUUACCACGCUUUCUCUGGCCGCUACAGAAAAGGAAAUCUUGCUCCAGUUCAAAGGAAACAUCACCGACGAUCCCUUCAAAAGCUUGGUUUCUUGGACCUCCAGUGGAAACCCUUGCUCAGAUUUCAAUGGUGUAACUUGCAAUCCAGAUGGGUUUGUGGACAAGAUCGUUUUGUGGAACACAAGCCUCUCCGGAGUUCUGUCGCCGGCUUUAUCUGGUUUGAGGUCUGUAAGGGUCUUGACAUUGUUUGGUAAUCGGUUUUCAGGUAACAUCCCACCAGAAUAUGCACAGUUGCAGACAUUGUGGAAGAUUAAUUUGAGCUCAAAUGCAUUGAUUGGUUCUAUCCCUGAGUUCAUUGGUGACUUACCAAGCAUUCGGUUUCUUGAUUUGUCAAGGAAUGGAUACAUGGGACAGAUUCCACUGGCUUUGUUUAAGUUUUGCUACAAAACCAAAUUUGUUUCUCUAUCCCAUAAUCAUCUUUCUGAUUCAAUUCCUGUAUCUAUUGCGAAUUGUACUAAUCUUAAAGGUUUUGAUUUCUCUCAUAAUAACCUCAGUGGUGGAUUACCUUCAAAAAUUUGUGACAUACCUGUACUGGAGUAUGUGUCUUUGAGAGGCAAUGUGUUAACUGGCAGUGUGCAAGAAGAGAUGGUAACAUGCCAGAGAUUAACACAUUUAGAUCUGAGCAGGAAUUUGUUCACUGGAUUGGCUCCAUUUGGAGUUCUUAGUUUCAAGAACAUGACAUAUUUCAAUGUGUCACAUAAUGGUUUUCAAGGGGAGAUAGGUCAGUUUGGAAGUUGUGAAAGAACAGAGUUUUUAGAUGCUUCAUGGAAUGUGUUAAAUGGGGAAAUUCCCAUUAGCCUUAUAAACUGCAAGAAUCUUAAACUUUUGGACCUUGAGUACAAUUGGCUGAAUGGGAGUUUCCCAUCUGGGAUUGUUGGUUUGGAGAGGCUUUCAGUGAUCAGAUUAGGUAAUAAUUCAUUACACGGCACUAUCCCAGCCGAGAUUGGUUCUAUGGAGCUGCUAGAGGUUUUGAAUUUGCACAAUCUUAAACUUUUUGGCAAAAUCCCAAAGGAAAUAAGCAAUUGCAGGAUACUUCUUGAGCUGGAUGUUUCAGGUAAUGCCUUAGAGGGAGAAAUUCCUCAGACUUUAUACAAUCUAACUAACCUUGAAGUCCUUGAUCUUCAUGAAAACAAUCUCAAGGGAAGCAUUCCAUCUACUUUGGGAGAUCUUUCCGAAGUCGAGUACCUCGACCUUUCAAACAAUUCAUUUUCCGGGUCAAUCCCUUCAUCCCUUGGAAAUUUGAAAAUGCUGGGGCAUUUUAAUCUGUCCCACAACAAUCUUUCAGGUAGCAUUCCUUCUGUACCAACCCUCCAGGCUUUUGGGGCAUCAGCAUUCUUAAACAACCCUGGGCUUUGUGGUGCUCCUCUUGACACACCAUGCUCAGGAAGGCGCAAUGACACAACCCCUGAAACCAAAAAGACAAAAGUUCUGAGUGUUUCUGUCAUUGUUGUCAUUGUUGCUGCUGCAGUGAUCCUUACUGGAGUUUGUGUGGUAACUAUCAUGAACAUCCGGGCUAGAAAGAGAAGAAAAGCUGAUGAGUCAAUGGUUGUUGAGAGCACACCACCAGGUUCCCAAGAAUCAAAUGUUAUAAUCGGAAAGCUCGUUCUUUUCAGCAAGAGUUUACCAUCAAGAUAUGAAGAUUGGGAGGCUGGCACUAAAGCUUUGUUAGAUAAAGAGUGUCUAAUUGGGGGUGGCUCAAUAGGAACAGUCUACAGAACAACUUUUGAAGGAGGAAUCUCAAUUGCGGUGAAGAAGCUUGAAACACUUGGAAGAAUUAGAAACCAAGAUGAAUUUGAGCAUGAAAUUGGACGCCUGGGUAACAUUCAACACAGGAAUCUUGUUGCAUUUCAAGGUUACUACUGGUCCUCAACAAUGCAACUAAUUCUGUCUGAGUUUGUUCCCAAUGGAAAUUUGUAUGAUAAUUUACAUGGACUUGAUUAUCCGGGUACUAGUUAUGGUGGUGGCAAUAGUGAACUACAUUGGUCUAGGAGGUUUCAGAUUGCUCUUGGAACAGCACUUGCACUUUCUUACCUUCACCAUGAUUGUAGACCUCCAAUUCUUCACCUCAACAUCAAAUCAACUAACAUACUUUUAGAUGAAAACUAUGAGCCAAAGUUGUCUGAUUAUGGCUUAGGCAAAUUGCUCCCUAUUUUGGACAACUAUGGCUUAACCAAAUCCCACAGUGCUGUUGGAUAUGUGGCACCAGAAUUGGCUCAAAGUUUGAGAAUUAGCGAGAAAUGUGAUGUGUAUAGCUAUGGAGUGAUUCUUUUAGAGCUGGUUACUGGGAGAAAGCCAGUGGAGAGUCCAACUGCGAAUGAGGUGGUAGUUUUAUGUGAAUAUGUUAGGAGAUUGUUGGAAAGAGACUCGGCUUCAGAUUGCUUCGAUAGACGUCUACAAGGUUUUGCUGAGAAUGAGUUGAUUCAGGUAUUAAAGUUGGGGUUAAUUUGUACAUCAGAGGUUCCCACAAGAAGACCAAGCAUGGCUGAGGUUGUUCAGGUUCUUGAGUCUAUCAGAUCUGGACAGGAGUCAUAGUGGUAAUUUGUGUACAAUGGGUUAUUGAAGCACCUGAGGAGUUGAUAUUACCAAGUUAUUCUUCCAAAAGAUCGGAGAUAUGGUGUUAAUAGUUGGGAAGGAAGACAGGGGAAGGGUUUUUUGUGUAGAGAAGACAACUUUCUUUUUUAUCACUAGGCCCAAAAAAAAAACAGAAAAAUCAUUCUUUUCUAUCUGUUUUGGCAUUGCCAUUAUUAAUUUGUUCUUAGAAUUUGUAAUUUUUAGAAUAAGAUGAUUCAUUAAUUUGUAUCAGAUUUUCCAACAA